CUAACAUUUACAUGGAUUAUCGACGAUUCCAGAAAAUGGCUGCAGCCAUCCCCAAUUUAUAUCAAAAUGUUGGCGUCCUGAAAUAUGUUGGCAACCGCACAGAAGGACUCGUUGCGGAGAAUAAUGAUAUCAAUUCGUUACCCCGACGUCAAGAUGUACAAGUGAGGCCAUGCUUACGUGGAUCCAAUGUUUGUGAAUUUAAAUUCAAAAAAGAGUUGUUCAACGUAAUAGAGGUUGUGAACCAAAUCAACGAUAAUUUCAUAGCUGCAGUUGCCCUCAACCACGAUUACAAGGCCUUGCUAUUAAUUGAUCAGCAUGCAAUUCAUGAAAGGAUUCGCUAUGAAGAUUUGCUCAAAGGUUACACCGUACAAAACCAGCGAUCGUUUACAUUCACCAAAUUGGCCAUACCAAUGAUCAUCGACGGCUUACCAAGACAUCUUACGGAGCGAAUCACAACACAUCUAAAAGAAAUAGAGACGUUUGGAAUUACGUUGAACUUAGAAGAAAAGGAUCGUUUAGUUGUAAAAAGUAUACCAACAUGCUUUGGUAGAAUAAUGUUGAAUCAUAGUCGUGCUGAAUUGGAGCAUACGGUUCGGAAGCUUCUUUUCGAGAUAGUGGAUAAUUUGGAUUGCAAUUACCUGCCAAAUGCUAAUCUACCAAUGAUUAUUCACCAUGCCAUUGCAACGGAAGCUUGUCACGGGGCAGUAAAAUUCGGAGAAAAGCUGGACAUCGACCAAUGCACCAAACUUAUACAAGCCUGGAUACAUACCAAGGCACCAAGUCGAUGUGCCCACGGUCGUCCGUCUGUGAUUUUACUGUUGGAGCUUAAGCAAUCAGAGAUCCAAAUGCCGAUGUUAAAGACUAAAUUGAACUUCGCAUCUUUGAAACGCCCAUGCAGGUCAGACCAAAUACUAAUUAUCCAAAAACGAAGUAAAAUGAACAUCGACAAGAAUCAGGAUAUAGAUUCACAUCACGUGAUUCAUUCUUCCAACAAAUUACUACCUAAUGGUGAUUCCAAUUGACUUACGCCGAUGAGACUUCGUGCCAUUACUCAGUAUACCUUAAGAAAUAUUUUCCAGGUGUACCUAUUGUUCUAAUGUGUUAUUGCAGUAAAAAAAUUAGUCGAGUCCCAUUUACCGCAGGUGAAUAAUAAACAGUGGGAAUACAUGCUGUGACGUUUUUAC